AUGGGCAACGGUGCGAAGGCUGCUCAGAAAAGAGAAAGAAACGCCGCGAAGGCUGGUGCUACGGCGAAGAGUCAAACUAAGACCAACCAGGCAGCUUUGAAUAUAGUCUGCCAGACAUGUCGGCAAGCCUUCCUGUUGACUACGCGUGCCCCUGCUUUGGAAGAACACGCGCAGAACAAGCACUCGAAGACUAUGGCCGAAUGCUUCCCCGAUGCCCCCAAGUAA